AUGAAAGAGGGCUCAAGGGAUACAAGUCCUAGCCGGUGCUCGUCUACCAGUAGCAGGUCACUGGGGGAUCACAGCCUGUCUACUCGCACCACCAACAACGCCAUCGUGGGCUCCUCAGAGGUCGAGCGCACCUUCCAGGAGCAUACUAAACAGCUCGCAGAUACCCCCCGAAGAGAGACCUUCUCGCGUUCGUCCUCCUUGAAGUCGUCGGAAAGCAACGCCGUCCCGGUGCCGAACUCUAACCUUCCUUCGUUCCCUCAUGAGCGCAUAGUGGCGUCAGGAAAUGGCAUUGUUGUUUUAAUCGGGCUUGCGGAGCCGGUUCUCUACCUCGAAAGGGUCGAUAAAAGGGUCUCUUCGGACAAGAAGCGCGUCCUUGCUGGCUCGUUACAUCUCAAAAUCACAAAGCCGACCAAAAUCAAGAGAAUAAACCUCGGCUUCAAAGGCACAGCCAGGACAUUAUGGCCCGAAGGUAUUCCCGGCAACAGGAAAAAGACAAGAGAUACGGAGACCAUCCUUAGUCUCAAUUGGGCUUUCUUCGAUGCCCAUUCUCGCACCGGUAGGAAGAGUUAUGGCGCAAAUCAUAUCAAAUUCACUGGCUCGAAAGAGAAAGGGUCCGAAAAUAACCUUGUUGUCGACAUAUCUGGUUUGUUGGAAUCAUCCUCAUCGCUACCAAAGGAGCUCAAAAGACUUUCGCUACAUCACUCGCGGUCAAAUAGCUUUGGAAAGGGUGAUUCACAUUUGAUAUCAGAUUUUGUGGGCCAGAAAGGGCACAAGACGUUCCCACCUGGCGAAUACAUGUACAACUUUGAGAUACCAAUGGAGCAUCGGUACCCAGAAACUGUCAAGUGGGAUCACGCAUCCGUAAAAUAUGAGCUCGAGGCUGUGAUUGAACGCGCUGGCGCCUUUCGUCCUAAUCUCGUUGGCAUCAAGGAAAUACCCCUCAUCCGCACCCCAAGCGACGACUGCCUGGAGCACAUCGAACCCAUUGCAAUCAGCCGAACAUGGGAUAAAAAGCUACACUAUGAUGUCGUCAUAACAGGGAAGUCAUUUCCCCUGGGUUCCAAGGUACCAGUAGCUAUUAAGUUUACGCCAUUUGCCAAGGUUGGCUGCCACCGUAUCAGUGUUUUUAUAACGGAGAAAGUUCAGUUGUGGACUCACGAUAGAAGCGUUCAUCGUGUGGCUAGUGAUAAAAUGCUGUUACUGUUCGAGAAGAGAGCUGGUAUGCCCAGCAAAAGUAUAUAUUCGGGUAGCACGAUGCGUCUCUCUGGAGGAAGCGAGGAGAUUGCAUCCAACGGCGAAGAUCUAGCAAAUGGUGCGCAUAAUUUCUUAGGAGAUAUCCCAUCCGAUGGCUUCAGCCCUGGAACAACGGAGAUAGAGUGCGAAGUACAGCUGCCGAGCUGUCCCGCUAUGAAAAAAAUGACGGACCCGUCAAUGAAGCUUCACUGUGAUGUGCAAUAUUCGAGCAUUGAAAUAUCUCAUUCUGUCAAGAUUGUAUUCCGUCUGUCAAAAUGGGAUAAUGGGUCACCUCAGAGAAAACGCCAGUUCGACAUCUCUAUUGACUCUCCGCUCUGUAUCACGUCCUGCAAGGCAAAUGCAUCAAAUAUCUAUGUGCCUUCCUACAACUCACCAUCGUCCUACUAUACCGACGAAUAUGAAUGUGGUUGCCCGGAUGCUGUGGCAUUGUCACACGACAUAAACCUAAACCCAACGCUAUCCUUACCGCCCUCCUUUAUAGACCAAGCCGUGGCAUCUCCUACCCGCUCUACAGUGUCAAGCUGUCAUUCUCAAAGUGAUGAGCACAAUGAUGAACAUAACCACUACCAUGAUCCACCAACCCGGCCUGUCCAUUUUUUGCGAGCUCCAUCGUUUAACCCUCCCCCUUUUGAGUCUCUUCCGCCUCCGCCUCCUCCUAUCCUUAGCCCACCACCAGAUUAUUCAACUAUCUGUUCUAGUGGGACAGGAAACAAUGAGAUUGUUGACUAUUUCACUCUUGCGCAUGCGCGAGAGGGACAAUACGAUGAUAAUGUGCGAGGUAGCGGGCGGGUUGAUAUACCACUGACUCCUGGUGGAAGAGUCCAUCGCAGUAUGGACAUUCCUAGGGAAUGCUUGGCUAAUGUUCCACCGUUGCCAGUGCGGAAUGCAUAA